UGGGUACCAUGAUGCAGCUUCUGACCGCUGCCUCUCGAUCACAACAAUCACCGAGAGGAAACAACGAAACACCAUCAUGUUUUGCGUCAGGUAAAUGGUGGAGAUUGGCAGAACUGCAAUAAAAUCCACUUUAAGCUGCUCUCGUGCCACACAACAAGGGGACAUCAGAGCCAUGGCCACCGUCCAUUCUGCUGUAACGUUUGCAGUGUGCAUCCUCGUGAUAGCAGAGCUGAUCCUCGCCAAGAAGGACUAUUAUGAUAUCCUGGGAGUGCCUAGGGAUGCUACUGAGAGACAGAUUAAAAAAGCUUUCCACAAGCUCGCAAUGAAGCAUCACCCAGAUAAGAACAAGAACCCGGACGCUGAAGUGAGGUUCAGAGAAAUUGCUGAAGCUUAUGAAACUUUAUCAGAUGAAACCAAAAGAAGAGAAUAUGACCAGUUUGGUGACACCUCUGCGUACUUCAGUGGGGAGACGCCAGGCAGACAUCGACAGGGUGCCCAUCAGCCUUUCAGCUUCAACUUUAAUGACAUUUUCAAAGACUUCGACAGCUCCAGCCAGAACAGGCAUGCUCGUCACCAGAGACACUUCAAUGAACACUCCAGGUCCCACAAGGAGACCAACGGCAGACACAAGAGACACUUUCAAAGGGGUUUUGGAGCAGGUGUCUUUGAUGACAUGUAUGACGACAUAGAGAGAAUGUUUACCUUUGAUAGACACGCCAAACAGACUGACAACAGGUUCCAUGGUGCAUCAAAGCAACACUGUAGAACAGUGACGCAGCGCAGAGGAAAUAUGGUAACCACAUACACAGACUGUACCGCAUCUUAAGAUGCAAUAUAACAUGACUUCUGACUCAACAUUACUGUUGUAUUGGGUAACAAGCCACUUGGCUCAAAUGCUGUGAAAUUUGAGCAGUGACGUUGAUAUCUGACAGUCGGGCACAGAAUGAUUUGAGCAGCGACACUCGGUUUACUUAGCUUAGGUCUGAAUUUACAUUGUUUUUUCAAACUAUUCUCUGUGUGUGCUUGUGGACUUGAACAUGAUUGUAGUAGGUUUUCACUUGUUGAAAUAAGCUGACAGGAAGUAUUUUGUCUGUAUUAUUUUGGGAAAAUAAAACAAGCACACUAAAUUUGGCACAGGGAUACCCAUGUGUCAGUUGACCACUAGUUCACUACUUCCACCCUGCUGUUUUGUUCAGUUUGUUUUACUUUCUUUUGUUACGGUUUUGCCAUUGUAGGUCUCAAAACACGACUGAAGGUGGAAACAAUAGCAACCGGUGGAGUUUUGCUUAUGGUUGUCAAAUGGGGAGCAAUGUCAACAAACGUCUGCAACCCUCCGCAUGUUGGCUUGUUUGUGCUAAUGCUACAUCUUGUUGAAAUAUGUAUGUGCUUUACAUUGCCAGUCAUGCUUUUUUGAAUGUCAUAUAAUGGAAAAAUGUGUUGUUACAUCUCCAUCAGGCAAUUGUAAAGUAGAGAAAUGCUUGUGACUCCCUAGCCUUUCAAUUAACACAAGUGUGAGGCCCAUAAUGUCCUGUAUUUCUUGUUGUUUGUGGUAUUUUAUGCACUUUGUCGUGACAAAUGACAUCUGGGUUGACGCCAUCUUUAAUACAAAGAAGUCACAACCAUUUCUGAAUCACACCUUUUCUAAUAUUUUCUAGAUGUGGAGAAUUUAAUCUGAAUUUACUAUUACAAUGCUUGAAAUGUAGCCAGAAAGUCUCAAAUAUAGUUAUUUAAGAACUUUUGAUUGGCGCAUCAAAACUUGCAAAGGACCAAUUUAGCUGUAAGCUGACUACUGAACUUACUACAGCUUUCAUAACUUCUAAUUGUACUAGUCACAAGAUUUAUUGUUUUUUGACUGAGCGUGCAAGGGUGUAAAAUACUGCAUUUUUUAAUUAACAUUAAGUGUAAGAAUACUGCAUUACUACAAUGCUGUAUAAGAGCAUACAAGCAUCAAUGUUUGAUUUACCUCAGUGUUGACUAGAAGACGAAGCUCCCAGAACAUUCUCUUUUAUGGGUUUAUUUUUCCAUAUCUGUUACAGUGACAUUCUCCUUUUACAUUUUAGUGUGCAAUAUUUAUUUCCUAUUCUGAUAGUGUUGUAAAUAUUCAAUGGCACUUUCAAUUUUGUAUAAAAUGUGUUUCGAGAUAUAAAAAGAAGAGACCAA